CAAGUCCCGCUAGACCGGAAGCAGGAGCGCCGCUGCCCGCUUUGGGCCCUUUCGUCCGCUGGAAGCCGGUGCGGCGCCCGCCCGGACGCCCGCGGGUGUUGGCGGGGCCUCUGUCCGAUCCCGGCCAGCUCUGCAGCGGCCGCCGCGUCGCGCCCGGGAUGCUCCUCGCGCCGUCGCCGCCGCCGCCCACCUGGCAGGAAGGCCGUUCGUCCCGCUGCUCCCGACGCUGGGCGCGCAGCUCCAGCCGCGCGAGAGCGCCAACCUCCGGCUCCUCCCACUCCCGCGCUGGCUCGAGGCACUCCCCCCCGACGGCCGCGGCGCCGAGGCUCUAGGGAGGGAGGGCGGGAGGAGACUGCCCAGUGGGUCCCGGAACAAGAUGCUGACCGUCGGCCAGUGUGGAGAGUACGUGCCUGGGAGGGACUGACCGCAUCACCAGCUCCGGGAUGGCGCGCACGCGGGCACAUUCGGAGAAUCCCGCCUUGGGACUCGCCAGCCCCCUGGACUGGGUCAAAGCCCAGCCUUGCCCGCCCGCCCGCUAGGUGGCCGGACUCGGCCAAUCGGUUCCCGAAGUGAAUGAGUUACUGGCCAAUGAAUGAGCACAGCCAGCCUCCGCCCCCUGGCCUCCUGGUGGCUGGGCGCAGAGCGCGGGAGGGCGGACUUGCACUUCCCGGAGGGAAGAGGUCCGGAAGAGAGGCCGCUGAACCCAGUGCUUUGUAGCUCUUGCGAAUCCCAGACAGCGGUACCCGCACCGUUGGACAGAUUCUUCGCAUCCUCAUUGUAAGUGGGAAGGUAAAUCCAGUCCUUGUUUCUGUAACUUGGCCGGAAGCAGAAGUGAGUCAUAUUUUCUGUGAACGCAUCAUGAAUUCCAUGAAGCCUGAAGAGAACCAGUCAUCCAGUGCUACAGAAAAUGGCCAGAGUACCAGACCUGAAGUUUCAAAGGAUAUGGCCAUCAAGCAGACCUGCCCUAGAAGACUUGCUAUUCAUCUUCUACCUGACAUAAACGAGUGUGGCGGGACCAGUAAGCUUAAAAGUGAAGUCAAGCAUGAAGUAUCUGUGGAAAUCCAGAACCCAGACUGGGACACCCAUAAAAAAUGUUAUUUUACUUUUACUUUGAAUGAAAACUCGAGGAAAUCUGACCGUAGUAUGUUUAAAGCAUAUGGUAAACCCCAUGAGAGUAUCUACUCAGCUCUGAGAGCUAAUGACAAUUUCAGUGAAAGGAUGGAGAAUCAUUUGAAUAAGCACAUUCUUGUUUUUGAAGAAAAAACAAUAGAAGGAUAUAUAAAUUUAGGAAUGCCUCUCAAGUGCCUACCUAUAGGGUCCCACUUCAAAAUAAAAUUUAGUCAAAGAAAGGGUAACCAGGAAGGUGAUCAGAUCUUGCGCCAGUGUGAAAAUCCAUACGUGGAAUGCGUUCUUUUUCACAUUGUUGCUGUUGGGAAGAGGAUAAAGAAGAUUCUUAAGAUCAAGGAACUGCAUGAAAGAGGAACUACACUUUGUAUCUAUGCCCUAAAGGGUGAGACUAUCGAAGAAGCUCUAAGCAAGGAUGGCCGAUUUCGGUCUGACCUGGAUGAAUUUAAAUGGAAAAUAAUAGAAGAUCAUAAGAUAAUUCAUGGAAAACAUUCCCUGGUGGAUGAUGUGUCUGGAAAAACCUUAGAAAUGGACAUUUUUAAGAAAAACCUUGCCAGGAAAGGUACCCAUAAGAAAAUUAAACAGGAGAAUGAAAAUACCACUGAAGAAAUCUGUCCCUGGGAUCUGAUACAGUCUGAGAUCAGGGAACACGAACCAGAGGAAGAUGGGGAGACUGAAGAUGCAGAAUACAACAGAGAAAAAAUUCUCCCAGCUCGGAAUCUAGGGCAUGAUAUUGAAAGUAAAAAACAACGGACAAUUUCCAGAAUUAGUAAGUAUUACAAUAAUAGUUUCAACAGAAAAUACAGGAGAAACAACUCACAGGUUAGGCAAAGGCCCUGUCCAGGUAUGGAACAUGUUAAUCAAUAUAUCCAAAGGACGGCAACUAACCUCUGGCUGAAGAAUUUCCAAAGGUUGGACAAAGUGAUAAUGGAUCAGUAUCCGAAUUUUAAUGAAGAGACUCUCUGGAUGAGAAAGUAUUUUCAGGAUGAACAGAAGAAAACCAAACUGCUACCAUUUCAACAAUUCAACAUUUAUAAAAAAUACUUUGGAAAAGUGACUGAAAAUUCUACUUCAGUUGCAAUCUGUGAAGAUCUUAUUCAUCUUAGUAAGUCAGUUGGGUUCAUGAAAUGGGACAAUAAUGGAAACACAGGCAACGCUACUUGCUUUGUCUUCAAUCAUGGUUAUAUUUUCACCUGUCGACAUAUAAUACAUCUUAUGGUGGGAGAAGGCACAGAUCCAAGUUUGUGGCCAUAUAUAAUAAGCAAAUGUGCAAAGGUAACUUUUGCUUAUAAAAAGUUCUGUCCUAUGGAUGUUGAUUGGUUUUCCAUUGAGCCGUGGUUUGAAGUGUCUGAUGGAACUCUAGAUUAUGCCAUUUUAAAGUUAAGAAAAAACGUAAAUGGAUUUCCUCCAGGCCUGUUUGGACAGAUUUCCUCUCAACCACCUAGUGGUUUGAUUUAUUUAAUUGGUCACCCAGAAGGCCAGGUCAAGAAAAUAGAUGGCUGUGCUGUGAUUCCUCUAAAUCAGCGGUUAGAGAGGUACCCAGAGCAUCAUCAAGAUGGGGUGGUAGAUCAUCAAGAUGGGAUGGUAGGUCCCCAUGCUGCCACUUAUAAUGCUUUCUCUAUGUUUUCCCAACGAAGUUUCCUAUCAGAGGUUUGGAGCACAGAUACACUUAGCUAUGAUACUUGUUUUUCCAGCGGGUCCUCUGGCUCCCCAGUGUUUAAUGCAUCUGGCAAGUUGGUUGCUAUACAUACCAUUGGGCAUUUUUAUAAACGUGGAGAUAAAGUAUAUGCCCUUAUUGAAUUUGGCUAUUCUAUGGAGUCAAUUCUUUGUGAUGUUAAACAGAAAAAUGAGAGUUUAUAUAAAUUAUUAAACGAAGAGAAAAACGAGAACCAUGAUGAAGACCAAAAUAACAAGUCAUUUCAAGAUCAUCAGAUUGAACCCAUGGAACAUUAGGAAAAAGAUGUUUUCAAGAAAAUAUGCUAAUAAUUUAGAGUAUUCAGGGCUGUUUCCAUAAACUAUAAUGAAUAUUCUUUUUUUAAUUAGAAAAUGAUGUGGAUGUUCAAAAAAUAUAUAAGAGUUCAAAUAAAUUCUGAUUUUUUUGGUCA